ACCAUUGUGUUUGUCUCUAACUCAUCAUCAUCUUCAUCCUUUUCAAAUGUUCCACCUACUCUUCAUACCCUCUUCUUAAUCCAAACCUCACUGUCCCAUUUACCAAUCCAGAAACCAAAACCAUGAAGACCCUUCUCUUGUUCCUAUUCGUUUUCUCCUCCACCCUCUGUUUUUCUCAGGCCAAAGUCAAAGCCCCCGUCACGUACUUAUGGCCGUUGCCGGCGGAGUAUACUUCCGGCAACGAGACGCUCUCCGUUGACCCGGCGCUGUCUCUCGUCGUCGGCGGGAACGGGGGCGGUUCCGGCAUUAUCAGGGUGGCGUUUGAUCGCUACAAGGCGAUUAUAUUCAAUGGGGUUAGUGGGAUUGGUAGGAUGAAGCAAAAGAAGGGGAGUUAUGAUAUUAGUAAAGUCAGAGUUGUGGUGCAGUCUGCGAGCGAAGAUCUUAAUCUUGGUGUGGAUGAGAGCUAUACUCUGUUUGUGUUGAGGAAAGAUGGGAAAGCUAUUGUUGGGGAGGCAACUAUUGAGGCAAAUACAGUGUAUGGUGCGCUGCGGGGGUUAGAGACAUUCAGCCAGCUGUGCACUUUUAACUAUGAUACUAAAUCAAUGCAAGUACAUAAGGCACCCUGGAACAUACGAGACAAACCCAGGUUUGCAUAUCGAGGGCUCUUGCUUGAUACAUCAAGGCACUAUUUACCAAUUGACGUAAUUAAGCAAGUAAUUGAAUCGAUGUCAUAUGCUAAACUUAAUGUUCUUCAUUGGCACGUCAUUGAUAAAGAGUCAUUUCCUCUAGAAGUACCUACAUUUCCCAAAUUGUGGAAAGGUUCAUAUUCACAGUGGGAGAGAUACACCGUCGAAGAUGCAUAUGAAGUUGUCAACUUUGCAAAAACUAGAGGCAUCAAUGUUAUGGCAGAAGUAGAUGUCCCUGGUCAUGCAGAAUCAUGGGGCACUGGAUAUCCUGAUCUCUGGCCUUCCUCUUCCUGUACCCAGCCUCUUGAUGUUUCAAAGAAUUUCACUUUUGACGUGCUUUCUGGCAUUCUGACAGAUUUGAGAAAGAUUUUCCCCUUCGAGCUUUUCCACUUGGGUGGUGAUGAAGUUAAUACAACUUGCUGGGAAGAUACUCCACAUGUAAAUAAAUGGCUUGAGCAACAGAACAUGACUGCCAAAGGCGCCUAUCAAUAUUUUGUUCUCAAAGCACAAGAAAUAGCUAUUUCCAAAAAUUGGACCCCUGUCAACUGGGAAGAAACCUUCAACACCUUCCCAACGAAGCUCAAUCCAAAGACUGUAGUGCAUAACUGGUUGGGGGGAGGGGUUUGUCCAAAGGCCGUUGAUCAAGGUUUCAGAUGCAUUUUCAGCAAUCAAGGUGUUUGGUAUCUUGACCAUCUAGAUGUCCCUUGGGAUGUUACGUACAAUGCUGAUCCACUUGAAGGAAUACAUGAUUCUUCCAAGCAAAAGCUUGUCCUGGGAGGUGAAGUAUGCAUGUGGGGUGAGACUGCUGAUCCAUCAAAUGUUCAGCAAACAAUAUGGCCUCGAGCUGCAGCAGCUGCAGAGCGCCUGUGGAGCACAAAGGAGUCGACUACUGGAAAAAGUAGUAACAAAACCGCGCUACCUCGGCUACACUACUUCAGAUGCCUUUUGAAUAGGCGUGGAGUUCAAGCCGCUCCAGUUGAAAACUUCUAUGCUCGAAGUGCACCAACUGGUGCUGGCUCGUGUUACGUUCAAUAAUUCUUCCAUCGAUCAUAUAUUGUGAUUUUUAUGUAUUCAUUUAUGCAACAUUUAUCAAUCUUGAUUAAAUAUAUGUGCCUUUACAUGAUAUCUGUUAUUAGCUUACAAAUAAAUACAAGCAUUCCAGAGAUUCAGCAUUUCUCUUGUUUAAGAAAAAAGAUACGGCAUGAUGUCAAUUUCUGCUCUACUUAUUUGACCAAUAUAUGG